UCUGAAAAAAAAAAAAGGAAAGAAAGAAAUAAAAAAAAAGAAAAAAGAAAAGAAAAAUCUCAAGUUUCGUCUCUCCUAUCUCCUCUUUACAAAUGGACCCACUGACGCAGCUUAGCUUACCGCCGGGAUUCAGAUUUUUUCCGACCGAUGAAGAACUUUUAGUUCAAUAUCUUUGCCGGAAAGUCGCCGGCCACCAUUUCAGCUUGCAACUCAUCGCUGAGAUUGACUUGUACAAAUUCGAUCCAUGGGUUUUACCUGGAAAGGCUUUAUUCGGGGAAAAGGAAUGGUACUUUUUCAGCCCAAGAGACCGCAAAUAUCCAAACGGGUCUAGACCAAACCGGGUAGCCGGUUCGGGUUACUGGAAGGCAACUGGUACGGAUAAAAUCAUCUCCUCGGAAGGGAAGAACGUCGGAAUUAAAAAGGCUCUGGUUUUCUAUGUCGGAAAAGCUCCGAAGGGAACAAAAACGAAUUGGAUUAUGCACGAGUAUCGCCUUAUUACAUCCUCCAGAAAGACAGGAAGCUCCAAGCUGGACGAUUGGGUUUUAUGUCGGAUUUAUAAGAAGAAUUCGAGCUGUCAAAAGCCGACGGGGAGUAUUUCAAGUAAAGAAUACAGUAACGCCUCACCCUCAUCUUCAAUAGACGAAGUCAUCGAAUCUCUACCAGAAACGGGCGAUGAUUUCUUUGCAUACCCAAAAACGACAUUACAACAAAACGACAUUAUGAAUAGAUUCAACUUUGAAAUUCCUGCGGACUCUGUACAUUCCGAUUGGGCGAGUUUGGCCGGGCUUUACUCAGUGCCGGAACUCGGUCCCGUGGACCAUUCGGGAACAUUCGAUUUCAACAACAACAAUAACACCAUCGCUGAUCUGUAUGUUCCUUCAGUUACAUCGCCGUUUUGCCAGGUGGAUUAUCCGCCAGCGUCGGCGUUCCGUUAUUCGACGCAACAAAGGGACGGCGGCGGAGUAUUCGGAUUCAGCCAAUGAGAUGGAUACACUGGGCAUCUGGAUUUUACAAAGGGAGUGUAAAUAGAAUUGGAUUCUGAAAAUGGAAGCAAAAGGAAAAAAUUUGCUUUCUUUUUUGAAGGGAAAAAGAGAAUGAAGAAAGAAAAAGUGAAAAACAGAGCAUACUCUGUUUUUUACCAUAAAUUUUGAGUUCUCUAACGAGUUUAAUGUCCCAUUCUAUUAGACAUUAGAUUAAACAAUGGAACACACUUGUACAAAUUAUUGUUUAGGAUUGGAACUUCAUUAAUUAGUUUAGUGUAUUAGUUUUUUGGAAAUUAUUUUUCUUUUCUCUGCUCAUCCUUUAAUAAAUUAUUAUACGAUUGUUAUGAGUUUU